GGGGAUAAAUGACUUGAGUUGGCGCUGCGGGGCUUCAAAGCCUGAGCAGGCUGCGGACAGAGAGCACAGAGGAGCGCACAGGCUGCGCUUCACACGCUGUCUGCGGAUGCACAACAGGCUGCACACACUUCUGCAUCAGGCUGUGUGGGAAAGAUGUAGACUGAAGAUUUGACAAAGAAAUGCAGUUUGCUCAGUGAGAAACGCAUCUGGUGUGGGAUGAAAGUUCUGUUUUUCUUUGUUUAAAGCAGAAACAACUUGAUAUUUUUGGAUAAAUCAUAAAAGCUGCUUGUUUUUUGAUGAACCAAGGACACAACCAGGAUCUCCAUCAUGGAUGUGACUCUGCAGGGGAUUGAUCCAGCGACUGCCAGAGCUCUGUUGGUGGCCUGUGUCACUCUGCUCUUCUCCCUCCACCUGUGUCGGUGGCUCUGGCAGCGGUCGGCGCUCUGCCCUCCCGGUCCUCUCGCCUGGCCGGUCGUCGGAAACGCUCCGCAACUUGGCAGCUCGCCGCACUUGUACUUUGCGCGCAUGGCGAAAAAGUAUGGCAACGUUUUCCAGAUCAAACUGGGCUGUCGGAAAGUGGUGGUGCUGAACGGAGACUCCAUUAAACAGGCGCUGGUCAAGCAGGGAGCAGAAUUUGCCGGCAGACCGGACUUCACCUCCUUCCAGUACGUCUCCAACGGGGACGGCAUCGCGUUUGGCACCGUCUCAGACUGGUGGAAGCUGCGCCGCAGAGCGGCCCAAUCCUCCGUGCGCAUGUUUUCCACCGGGAACCCGCACACCAAGAACACGUUUGAACAUCACGUCCUCUGCGAGGUCAGAGAGCUGCUGGCGCUGUUUACGAGGAAGACGCAGGAGCAGCAGUAUUUCCAGCCCUUGACCUAUCUGGUGGUGUCCACCGCCAACAUCAUGAGCGCGGUGUGCUUUGGGAAGAGGUACUCGUAUGAGGACGAGGAGUUUCGGCAGGUGGUCGGCAGGAACGACCAGUUCACGCAGACUGUGGGGGCAGGGAGCAUCGUGGACGUGAUGCCCUGGCUCCAGUACUUCCCCAACCCCAUCAAAACCAUCUUUGAGAACUUCAAGAGGCUCAACGUGGAGUUUGGGAUGUUCAUUGCAGAUAAAGUCCUUGAACACAGAAAGACAGUCCAGUCCAGCAUCGUCAGAGACAUGACAGAUGCUUUAAUAGUGGCGCUGGACCAACUCAGAGAAAAAACAGGGCGUUCGUCUGAAAAAGACUACGUGACUCCCACAAUUGGGGAUAUAUUUGGAGCAAGUCAAGACACAUUGUCAACGUUCCAGCAGUGGAUCAUUCUCAUCCUGGUCAGGUUUCCUGAGAUACAGGUGCGUCUCCAGCAGGAGGUGGACAAAGUGGUGGACCGAAGCCGUGUCCCCUGCAUCGACGACCAGCCUCAGCUGCCCUACGUCAUGGCCUUCAUCUACGAGGUGAUGCGCUUCACCAGCCUCGUCCCCCUCACCAUCCCCCACUCCACCACCACAGACACCUCCCUCAUGGGCUACGCCAUACCAAAGAACACGGUCGUCUUCAUCAACCAGUGGUCCGUCAACCACGACCCAGCCAUCUGGUCCCACCCAGAGACCUUCGACCCCCAGCGUUUCCUGGACCAGACCGGUGCGCUGGACAAGGAUCUGACCAGCAGCGUGCUCCUCUUCUCCCUGGGGAAGCGGCGGUGCAUCGGCGAGGAGCUGUCCAAGCUGCACCUGUUUCUCUUCACAGCUCUCAUAGCACAUCAAUGCAACAUCACUUCAGACCCGGCCAGGCCACCCAAACUGGACUACAACUACGGCCUGACUCUGAAACCUCAUGCUUAUUAUAUAGCAGUGGCUCUGCGUGAAGAUAUGACGCUGCUGAACGCUGCUACAGGGCAGUCGUCCUCUGAAGAGGUGAGGGACGAGCCCUCAUUAGACUCACAAACAAAAGAGUAAAUGAACUCAAAGCUAUAAUAAGCAAAAACAAAUGAAGGCUGAAACAGGAAAUCUGUGGAACUUUGGCUCAUGUGUGUGGCUGAAAAAUAUAUUUAUAACCUGAAAUCUCAGGCUAAAUUCUUAUCUUGUACAUUUUUUUUAAAAAGACAGUUGAGAAUGAUUAAACAGUCAUGAUUCCUGACCUAUUUCUAACAGAUGUGGAAUCUGUCUCACAGCACAGCAGCUCACUGGGGAUUAAUCUUUUACAACUUCAAACGCAGUCCAACAUACCAUUUAACAAUUAGCUAUCUUCCUCUGCAGAUUCAUCAAGGUGGAGGACUGCAGUCAGCUGCUCGUCACCGCUGAACAGCCUCGAGGCUUCUCAGCCUGCAGAGCUGCUGUAACACAUCCUUGUGAUUUUUGUGUGAACGCUGCUUCAACAGUUUAUUGAAAAGUAGAAACUAUCCAGCUUGUAUACGAGAACAUCAUAAUGUUUAAUGUUGACAGUUUUCCUAACAGAUGGAAAUGUUCACUUUUCAGGAAUCCUUUAAAUUCAUGUUUCUCCUGAGUGAGGGGAUCCAAACCCCUUUCUCGUGAAAUAUAAAACUUCUUUAAAAAAAAAUACAAAAAUAUGUAACAUUUGAAGGUAAAGACUAAAAACGGGAGGUUGUUAAGGUGACAAAAGUAAUGUGCCAAGGUCAGGCUCCUGACCAAUGAACCGGUGAAUAAGCUCGUGGAGCGUGUCAGUCUUUAGGCCUCAUGAGGCUUAAAGGCCUAAAAUGUUCAGUACUAAUGUGUAGUUUUUGAUGUAAAGUAUAAAGUUAUAGUUACUCAGGAAUAAGGCUUAUUAAAAAGCCAAAAACUAUUUUAACUAGAAUGCUUUUGAACGUCUUCUAAUAUAUUCUGAAACCUGCUGUAGACGCUGCAGGUGAUGCUUGUGUCUGUUGACUGCUGCCCGACGCACGUAUGAAAAGACUUCAAUCAGAUCAGUGUUAUUUAGCCAUUUAUGUCUCUUUUUGUUUCAGUUUGAAUGUUGUAAAGCUCUACAGAAACGCUGUUACUCCGUUUGUUAAUUUUCAGUGCAGACAACCAAAUUAUUUCUUCUUCUUUUUUAUUUUAUUUACAGAAACAUUAAUGCUGUCAGAGUUGGGGUUGGGACGCUGCGGUGAAUCUGUGUUACGUUUGUAGACUCAUCUAACUGCUGUUAGAGACUAAUGCACUGACUGUAAAGUCUUGGAUUUGUCGGAUUCUUGCUAAAACAUUUUGGAAUAAUGUCAAUCAGGAUAAAUCUUUUACAGGCGACUUUCAGUAAGUGUUAACAGAUCUGGUGUGAGUUGUCUGUGUGUCUCAGUGUGUGGAAGUAAAAAGCAUGAUCUUUGUAAAAACGCUCAGUAAGAUCAGAAAAGCAUCGCAUGAGCCACGUUUCUUUUUCCUCAGUGAACCCCAACGAAUGUCCACAUGCUGAUUUUGUCACAGUUUAAAUGGAAAUAGAAAACGUGAAGAGUGCCAUGUGUCGUUUCAUAAAACAUAAUUUUGUAUUACACGCAGUAAUGUGGUGAACAGUAGGGGUGGGUUAAGUACUGAUACGGCAAUAUAUCGGAACAGUUAAUCAAUGCACUGGUGCCAAAAGGAACAGAACACAUGCAGGUGCUCUGAGUGGAUUCCCCAGUCAGUCAGUUUCACUUACCAGAGUCACUGCUUUACGACUAUUCGUGGUGAUGUUCAUCAGAUGAAUGAGGAGGACGAACCUGCAGUGAAGAAGAAGAAGAAGUUCACAGGAGAAAGACGGUCAACAGCAGGAGAAAGCUAAAUAAGUGAACUGAAACAUUGCUGAAAUUGAAUAUUCAUAACAACACACACACACACACGCAUGCACACACACACACACACACACACACACACACACACACACACACACACACACACAACACCACAAUGCAAUGACUACAUACACCAUUUCUGCUUUCUGCCUUUUUAGGCCCAUUUGUCUUCUUCGUUUACACAGAUAUUGUGAUGUAUCAUAAAUCUUGUAAUGUACUGAGUAUUGCAGAAUCUCUGUAUCGUGAUAUUGUGAGUUACUCUGUGAUUCCCACCCCUCCUGUGCAGUGCAGAAAGAAAAAAAUAAACCAAUUUUUACAAGU